AUGUUCCUACUAACGCAACUCUCACAGUAUAAGGAGCAGAGCUCAACUUGUGUGCAUUGCCUAGGUCGCAAUAUGCUCAGCCAGUAUCCACCGCGGCCCCGAUUGACCCGGCUAGAUAACAAGCAUGGGUCUUUCAUCCCCUCAACUAGCACUUCGCCAUCAUCUCCAACUCCCACAACAGGGUUCUCGCCCUCGCAGUCGAAUCCUCAACCCCAAGAAGAGCACCCACCAACAUGCAUCGAAGAAAACCUUCACCUAAGAGACCUCGAAUUAAUGAUGCACUGGUGCACAACAACCUACAAAUCCAUGGCAGCAGACCCCGCCUCUGAAAUAAUAUGGCAAACAAACAUCCCCCAGCUUUCCCUCCGUUACCCAGCCCUUCGCCAAGGUAUCCUCGCCCUCUCAGCGCUGCACGUCGCCUCAACAAGCACAUCUUCCAGACGUUGGGAAUACCUUGAAACAGCACGCUCGUAUCAAACACAAGCGCUGGCAGGCCUCCAAAUCGAGAUCGACGAAGAUACACCGGAAGCAGAAUGUCAAGCGACCUUCGCGCUUUGUUGCAUAAUGAUUGUAUUCACCUUCGGCUUCUGCCAAAUCGACAGUGAAAACGACGCAGACGAAGAACUGCCCGAUGUGCUGGACGAGUUCUUCGAGGUAUUCCAAUUAACUCGGUGGCUAGUCAGCAUCCUGGUGACCUCAAUGGAACGCAUCAGGAUGGGCGAGCUAAACCCGCUCUUCCACCCUGAAGAACCGCUCCCAACAAUGCCGGAUAUGUCACGACUAGUGAUUCUCUCGCUACAGCGACAGAAUAGCAUAGAGGCCAUGCGGGAUGCGACGCACCAGGGGGAUCUCUACGACUCGGCCAUUGAACAUCUCAGCCACGCGCUCGAGCAGCUGAUGAAGGGCGGCGAGCCGAAGGUGUUUGCGUUUUGGUGGAGUUUCCGUAUCCCCGCGGAGUUUUUAGAGCUGCUUGAGGCGCACCAGCCGUUUGCGCUCGUUCUUCUCGCGCAUUAUGCGGUUAUUCUGCAUCAUCUCAGGAGUUCGUGGUGGAUGGGGGAUUGGGGGACCAGGAUUCUGCAGGAUAUUGGGGAUAUUCUUGAACCGGAGUGGCAGGAUCUUAUUAACUGGCCGAUUGAUGCGACGGGGUGUUUCCUUCCAAGGACCGAGGCGCGAGUGCGAGUGAUAUCCCCGCUUAGCUUUUGA